AUUUAAGUGUAUCUAACGUGCUUUUGAAAGAUAAAUGGAACGUUCUCUGCUGUACAAUCGCAAAGAAAAUCGGCAUUAUGUUCGCAUUAAACAUACUGCUUGUGCUGUGUUCGGUCCAUCCCCUCGUCAACGGCCGGGUGGGUUUUCACGGAUUUUCUUUUCACGAUUUGAAGGAGUCAGAGUCAACAAAUAAUGCAAACAACAGUAUAGUUGACGGUUGGAUCACUCAACCUCUCGACCACUUCAAUCAUCGGGACAAUCGCACUUGGUCGAUGUCGAUUGCUGUAUAGCGUUACAAGGAAAACUCCGCAUUUCUGAAGAAAGACGGUCCUAUCCUAAUCAUGAUCGGCGGAGAAUGGAACAUAACAAAUGGGUAUUUGGAAGCUGGAUUAAUGUACGAAAUCGGCGUAAAAUAUGGCGGUUUGAUGUAUUAUACCGAGCAUCGAUUCUACGGACAGAGCAAGCCAACAAAGUAUACAUAUAAUCCAUAUACAUAUAGUUCUUUUAUUGAUUAAAAUUUAGCCGACCUUUUAAUUAAUUUGUUAUUGUACAUAAGAGAAGGGGAAGGGCAAAUAGUGACGGAUUUUUUCCUCUCUCUCUUACAAGCUAAUUUCAAGAUAUUGAUAUUCAAGAUUAACAAGAUAUAAUUUUUCACUAAAACAGUCAAAGAUGGGCAUCUUAACCAAGCCAAAGUCGGAUUACCCUAAUUAAGUAAAAAUUUACUAAUUUUUGACCAAAAAAAUGUUGAAAAAGUUAAAUAG